AAUGCGAAAUUAUCCAAAAUGGCGCUCUCCUUGGAACGUCUUUUGUCAGGAAUGGAGAAAGUGUGGCACUUUGGAACAGCGCCAGCGGCUUUCUAGAAUUGUGAGCAAGAAAUAAGCCUACUAGUACUAUACAUUGUACCAAAACUAGUAGCGUUACACAGAGUUCCCGUGCCUUGCUGCACUUUUACGGACAGCAGUCAAAUCAAGGCACCAUGCCAAGACUCAUCAAGAAGAAGGACUCCCAGAGGAUCCAAGGAAGAGAGGGAGAUGACGCCUCUGAAGAUAGUUGUUCAUUUUCCGCUAAAUACCUACAUGUACGGCCUGCAGCCGAUGUCUUGAAUUCUGGAAAACUCCCUGCUGUGACGGAACUCGGGGAAGGAGAGACGGUCCAGGGAGAUGGAGCGAGACCUGACGAUGCUGCCGCCGUCUUGAAGAAGCGUCUUCUUCUCAUGUCGGGAAAGCUCCCCGCACUGACACCGCGAUCGACCCAAGAAAGCCAAGCCAAUGAACCGGCGUUUCCAGACGCCCCAGAUCCCCUGUUGAUCAGGAUCGGAGCCAAGGGGCGCGAUGUCGCAGAAACGCAAACCGGAAUCGGCGCGCCGAGGGCCAAGGAGCAAAUCCCCGGGGGCGACGCAUCCCAACUCGGUCAGAGGUGCACGGUCGAGUUGGGGGAGGAAAGCGCUAGCGGGUUCCGGCGACGGUUGUCAUCGUCGGGAACCAAGCGAACGACCGUAACAACAACAGCAGCAACGACGGAAGAAAACCGAAUGAGGUCACCGGGGAUUCCGUCCCACCACCGAGUCGCGUUCAGCGACGCCAAGAAAGCCAUGAGCGACCGUCUCUCGGGGAACGCAGGUCAAAGGUCGCAGGCGCAACGCGAGAGCAUAUCCGGACGGUUCAACGACAGACCGGAGAAAGAGAGCUUUUCAAAGAUGAAGAUACUGGCGUUGAACGAAAGCAGCAGUGAUGACAGCGAGUCCGAGGUUGAAAUGGAAAUCAGCAAAGAAGCCCAGGAAGCCGAGGCCUACAGCUUGUACAACAAAGCCCUGGACCUGCAGCGUGCGAAAAACAACGCAGAGGCAGAGUCCACGUAUCAACAGCUGUUGAGCAUCCCGCUACUAGCAGAGGUUGAACCUCCCGAAGACAACGAGACAAUGAGAAACCCAGGACUGAUGCUGAAAUACUUGACUUACAAGAACCUUGGCAGCAUGGCGUACCAGAAGAAGGAUCUCAACGCGGCCAUGGAGCACUACUUGGAGGCUGUAGCUUAUGAUGAGACCGAUGUGACAGUGUGGUACAGGAUCGGCACAAUGGCCGUCAUCCUCUACCAACUACCACUGGCCCGGCUAAGCUUCAUGCAGGCCUUAAAAUGUAGCCCAAAACACUGGCCUAGUCUGGACAAUCUAUGCACUGUGCAGUACGCGCUCAACGACUACGCAGGUUGUUUGUACUACAUAUGCCAAGCUUUGGAGCGGGAUCGCAAGUACAUAAAAGGAGUAGUUCUGAGAGAGAAAAUGUUCAAGGACCAACCCUCACUGAGGAAAGACAGUUACAACUUGUUUAAGAAUUGUCAAGACGCCAUUCAUCCAUCACAGAUAGACAAAUCGGAGGCACAAAAGAUUAUCAAGGAAGCUCUGUCCCUGCGAAAGGAGAGACGUGCACUGGGAAGGCGGGAACCCAGACCGCUGGUCAAGUUCCUGACUCCGUUUUCCUCCUUCGCAUCGUUCACGUGGAAGGGACUUGGUGAACGACUGGUCGCCCUCUAUGAUCACCUUGUUAAUAGUUCCCCUCCGCUGAGUUUGUGCUGCAAAAUUGAUAUGAGCGAGUUUGUCCAGCAUCCUGAGGAUCAGGAGCCUAAGGCAGCAGAAGAGACCCAGGUCACACCAGUGGACGCACCCCACGACACUCCAAUGGACACGACCGAGAACACACCCCAGGACAAUACCCAGAGCAAAUCGUGUGCUACUGAAAGCAAGGCUGUGUCGGGAGGUGAAGAUAUACAGCAAAGUUCCGGAGACAAUGAAGAAUCCAGAUUACUGGAAAGCCAGGAGCAGAACCCACAGCAAACCCUGAAAGAAACCCUGCCACGGACCCCACAGCAGACCCAGGAACCAACCCUGCAACAAACCCCGCAAGCAACUCCGCAGAUGACACCUCAACAGACCCAGGAGCAGACUCUACAGCAGACAGCAUCGCAAACACCUCAAGAGAUGCCACAGGAAACCCCAAAGAACACCCCAAUGGAGACAUCCCAGCAGACCCCACAACAGACCCAGGAGCAGACCCCACAGCAGACCCCAGGGGCAAGCAGCGAUAUGGAAGAUUCUGUUGCUAUGGAAACAAAACCAGUCCCCGGCAAAACCAAAGUGCGGAGGGGUCCCAAGCGGAAGCGGGAGAAGGCCAUCAACCCGGUUCCCGGAAACCGACGCUCCACGCGGGUUCGUAACACUGUGGGCAAGAAGAAAGAAGAAUCUGUCAACUAUCAGGAGAUAUUAAGGCAAUUCCUGCCGUCCAGCCUUCAAGAUAGUGGUGUUGAAGAUGACAGUGAUGAUGCCGAACGUAGGCCAUCGGGUCAAACUGAGACAAAUCAACAGCAGACGCUGACUUCAAACAGGACGGAAAAUACAGAUCAAGACCGACCAAUCCGAUCCGUGGAAUCAGACACCGACCAAUCAGAGAAGGUCUGGCACUUCCUGGCCAAGCGACAGAGAAACAGCGGAAUCAUCGUGGUCCUGGAUGAGUAUCUACGGGAGGUGGUGACCAGACUGCAAGGCACAUGGCCGACAGGUCUCGCCAGCGUUUUCCUUCAAGCUUAUUGCCGCUCCAGGCAACGCGUCAGCUUGCCAAACAUCUUCAGUUCGGAGUAUAGCAACGAUUUUAAGACAUCGACAGGCUACGUGAUGUUGACGUUUGCGGAGCUCAAGCUGGACCAGCUGAUCUCUGCUGGCAAGGGCACGCCGAGCGGCUCUGCCAAGAAGACCGAUCCCAAAGCAAUGGGGAAGUUCAUCGACGAAGACCUGGGCUACAUGCAGAUGCUGACCAACUCUGGAGCCAUACCGGAGGACAGAUGGCGGGACUUCAUCGUCCGAGUUCACUGGUUGAAAGCUAGAUACAUGACGCUGCUGGGGAAAUCUGAGGAUGCAAUCGGCUCCUUCGACGAGUGCACAGACAUUCUGAGUGAACCUCGACCAGAUGGCGAUGAUACAGAGAGAGUUAUCAUCUUACCAAACUGCAAAGUGGAUAACAGAAUCACUGUCGACCUGAUCAAGGAGCAGCUGAAGUCCACCCAGCACAGCCAGUCCCUGGAGGAAGUCCAGCGCUUCUACGAUGCCGACAACUACGAGCGUGUGACAACACUUCUCCUCCCGACGCUCCAGGACGCUGCCGUGGCGUCCAGCAGGAGGCUGCUCAAGGAAGGAGCUACGCCCCAGAGGCCAUCGCAGCUCUUGCUCCUGCAUCGAUCCCUGCUCAAGCUGAAUGAUUAUAAGCAAUGCGUCAUCUGUGGCGCUGCAAGCAUCUGCGAAGCACUUCAAGAGGUCGCCGUCGCUAAAACAACACCGCUCCGAGACGAAUGGAUCGAUGUCACCAUGGAGCUGUUUACCAUCUUUGACAAGGCUCUCUGCCAAGACGUGGGCAGCUUGAAGCAGUUAGAGCGCCCCCUACGCGUCCGGUUGACCAGCGCGAUCAUCAGCGCGGUGGAGCUGUGCAUGGACACGGACAGCAACUUCCCGCAGGACGUUCUGCCGUGGGUCGUCCUGUACAGACUCAUCAAACACGAGGAGGAUCAGCUUGCAACCAUGGCAACCCAAGAUGGCGGAGGGAGGCCCAGCACUCCCAUGAUUCCCUCCUCCCUCAUGCUGCUGGACACGGCGCACGAUUACCUGGGCCGUCGUUCCUGGUGCUGCAACUCCAACGGAGCGUUCCUCCGGCUCUACAUCUCGGUGCUGAGCCGCGAGAUCGCCAUGGGAAAGGAGGAGGACCCGCAUCCGUUCCUUAGCGACCUGCAGUACUCGCUGGAGCAGUGCUUCUUCUGUCUCAACGGACACCCGAGCAAGAAGACCAAAGCGCGGCAUCUCCAAGAUCACGGCGUGGAGGAACUUCCCAUGGACCUGGAAGAUGCCCGCCUCAUCUUCGACUACUUCAAGCCCAGCGUCCUCCCCGAAUUCGACUCCUACAAGACCUCCUCCAUGUCCGGUGACCUGGAAAGCCUCCUCCUCAAGAUAGUCCGCAUCAUCCCGCCGAUGGACGACCCACCCAUUACCAUGGAAACGCUGCAGGGGUACAUCGAGGCCAAGACGGACGUGCCCCCGUCGAUCCCCGAGGAUCGACCGAUCGUCAGGCCUGUUGUCAAGGAGGUCUAUUAUUUGCUGGCGGAUUUCUACUUCAAGAACAAAGAGCUUUUCAAAGCCAUCAAGCUGUACAUGCAGGACCUGUGCGUGUGUCCGAACAGACUGGACAGCUGGGCAGGAAUGGCGUUAGCUCGGAGUGGACGACUCGAGCUCAAAUUCAACAUGUGUGACUCUAAGACUGAAGGGACCAUCUACAAGCACUCCGUGGCCGCGUUACGCUGUUUUCAGCGUGCCCUUGAGAUUGAUCAGGCCAACCGAUCGUUGUGGAUUGAGUACGGGUCAAUGGCGUACAUGGUGCACUCGUACGCUUCGCGGCAACUUAAACAGAGGGACCAGUUUUCCCUGACGGACGACAUCGUGGAGUUCUUGCAGGAGAAGCGAUCGGAGUGCCUUGGCCUGGCCGAGAAGUGCUUCGAGGCCGCCAGGCAGUGCGAAGUGGACGGGGAGGAGGAAGAAUGGUUGGUGCACUACAUGCUGGGCAAGGUGGCCGAGAAACAACAGACCAACCCGGAGGAGUUCCUGGAGCACUACAAGAAGGCUGCUUAUUACCUGCAUGAAGACGAGGCCAAAUAUCCCAAGAAGGUUGCCUACCACAACCCACCGGAUCUCUCCCUGGAGGCUUUGGAGAUGUACUUCAGGCUCCACGCCUCCAUCUUGAAACUCCUCGAUAAACCGGAGACAAGUUUCCGUGGCGAUUAUGCCAUGCUGCAGCGCUAUGUCAUGGACGCCAUGGACGAGCCAUUCGUUUCUGCCCAGGAGAAAACGGACACCAGUGAACCACCCUCGUCAGCUGACAACGACCCGGACACCAAGUCGCCGGUGCCGAGUGUCAAAGUUCAACUCGAGGACAAAGGUCAGGGCGAUGCCAAAGGUCAAGAGGUCAAGCCCAAAGUCCCCGGCAGUCCGUUAUUCGUCGCCACCCCGACGGACCACGACUACGUGCGAUCGCGAGGCCGGAAGAGGCAGCUGGUCAUGACGACAACAGAUGCAUCCUCAGAGUUUCCGAUGCUGUCUCAUGAUGACCAUGCAUCGGGGACCUCAAAUCCCCAAUCUCAGGACAAAGAUGCCGUCGGUGGUCCCACCUCCGCGGCCGAGCUCCUGAAGUCCUUUGCCAAGAUCCACACGGACAUCCAGGACCAGCCUCCUGAGAAGAGGAGACGUGUCGAGGAUCUUGCGGGACCGGAGACUGCGUGUCCCAACGACGGACAGUCCGCGGAGCCACGGUCUGACUUCGAGACCAGCAAAGCAGCUUCUCCCAAAAGCCUAGACCGGCAGAAGGAAUCUGAGACGCAAGAGGGUGCCGAUGAUAAAUUAAUGCCAGCAUCUGGUGAAGGCAAUCAGUCGGAGGCGGAGAGUCGCACGGAGCCCGAUCUGAAGGGAUUACCGGAGGCGAAACCUGGAGAUGUCAAAGAGGAAGAGAAAACAAAUGAGAAAAAACUGACGGAAAAGGAACAUGAGGAUGGUGGACCUUUAAGUGAUGCAGGAGGGAAAGUCUCAUCAGAGAGGCAGCAGUUCGCGACAAGUGGAGAACCGGAAGUAACAAAUGCAGUUACCACGGAAACAGCUGCUCAGACGAACUUGGAAUCAGAGACAAGCACUAGCGUUAUCAUCAUCUCAUCCGAGGAAUCGGAGGAUCAGAUGGAUUCCGAAGAGUCGACGAAGAUGACGAAGGAGGUGAUCGCAAAGAUGAAAGAUUCACCAACAGCUGCAGGCAGCAAGGUGCGAGAGGCAGCUGGCGAACAGAAAAAUGUGGUUAUCAAGGAAACGGCCACACAGGCCAGCGAGGAAUCAGUCAGCAACAUCUCCGCCAUCACCAUUUCGUCUGGAGACUCCGAAGAGCAGAUGCAGUUUACGGGCUCUGCAGCAUCCAGCAGAGAGAUCGAGGACGAUGUUGGGGAUGACUCCAAGAUGGAUGCAAAGGAGGCAGACAAUAAGACCUCUGAAAAGUGUAAAGAAGAGGAAUCAACAAUGAAGAAGGCAAGAGAAGGAAAUCUUCAGGAUGAUUUGAAAAAGAAUGAGAAAACGUCAGAGAUUCUUGAAAAACAAGUAGCAGAUGAUCUGACGACGACGAAAGAAACUGAACAAGAUCUAGGAGACGGUUUGGAAACAGACGAGAAAAUGGUAGUGGAUGUUAAACCUGAUAAGAAACAAGACGCUGAUGAUAAAACUGUGAGUGAUAAAGAUGACGGAAAAGCGAGCGACGGGCGACAGCCAGAGGACGAAGGAAAGAAGACGGAGGCAACUUGUGGGCGGAGUCAGGAGGAGCAGAGGGCGUGGUUGAUGGAGCGUUGCCUUGAAGCCAUGAAGCUGUGUCUGUCCCGGUUCCCCCAGCACUACAAGUCGCUGUACCGGAUGGCCAACGCGUACGCCGUGUCUGAAACAGCCCAGGGUCUGAAGUGGAGUCGUGACCUGUUGCUAGGCAGCAGCCAGCCCUGGCAACACAUGGCUCACAUGCCGUCACCGGGGCUCUUCGCCGAGCACUGGAAGACCAAGAACCUGUUCCACGGAGUCUGGAGAAUUCCCAUCAGUGAAAUCGACAGAUCGGGGAGUUUCUCCUGGCACAUGUACCGCUCUGUCACGCUGCUCAUCGACGUCCUCAGCAGAUUACGGGAUCACUCCAUGCUGCUGCAGAUUGCCGUCAAACUCAACCGAACCCCGGAACUGGGAAAGAAGUUCCUGCGUGAUUUUGACAGACAGUUUCUUGCCAGGCAUUGCUACAAGAUCUGCGUGGAGGUCCUCGCAGAAGAGAUUGAACUAGCGAAGAAGGGAGACAAGGAACAACAGCAACAAGCCGUCCUGUCAGCAUAUCGUCUGGUCCAGACGGUUCAGAACAAGCUGCAGACAGACCCUAGCCUGCCGACCAAACUGCUGUGCCUUGCCUUCAAGAUCUUCAGGAAUAUGCAGACGGGUUCGGAUGUCGCAGUUCUGGAUCAAGCGGUUCGAUUUUGUCUCCAACAUCGACUGGCCAGCAAGACACCUCAGACCCCAACAUCCCAGCCCGAGUUUACAUUCUCAUCGCCUCAGCCCAGCAAGGAGAGAAUUAGUGCCGUGACCCCCGACAGACAGGGUGAUACACAGAGUUCAACACAGGGUUCCACAUGUAGCAGCACACAGUGACAUGCACAAAACUGCGGCAUAGAAUGAAGGGCAUCUCAAACUUGAGCAUGGGCUAUUCUGAAAUUUCAUUAUUUUGAAAAUUUACAGGGCUUUUUUAAACCGUAUUCAGCGGCAUUUGAUGUCGUCGAAACCUGACCCGAAACCAAACCGACCCUAAACCAACUUCGGGUCAGGUUGGUUUUUCCAUCAUCUCAAGUCGGGUCGGUUUUGCGUUUGGGAUAAGCUCAACCAAUGAGAGAUGCCGAUUCUUGAUGGCCCCUCAACAUGGACAAAAUAUGUUUUUGUAGCCCAGGUAUCUUGCUAUCUCACUACCAAGUUGCUCAACCAAUUAGAGAUGCAGAUUCUCGAUGGCCCCUCAACAUGGACAAAAUCACGCCAGGAAACAAGAAAAAUGUAACACAUCAGUGAUCAAUGAAUCAUGUUUCACAACUAUUAUCUGGUAUUUUUUGAAAAAUCAGAUCACAGCAGGCAUAUGUCAGAAUCAUGGUGUAUUAAUUUAAAAACAUUCUACAAAACCAAAUUUGUAAAUCUUUGUACUUGCAUUUGCAGCAGGGUACUCAAAAAUGCCAAUUUUGCAAUUUUUGUUUUUGGCAAAAAUAUUCAGUAUAGCUACCGGUAUGCUGGUGGGUUUGUGACAUCAUUCUCCAACGCAGUACGUUUUCAAAUAAAACAGUAGACUUGAUGACAAGUCGUAAGACA